CAUUCAUGUUUACUUCCUUGUUGGGCUGUCACGCUGCCUUGGCUGCAAGUACAUAUAGAAUGAGCUUUAGGCACACUGAAAACUCUUCUUAUUAGCGUGCGCCACAAGUAUUACACGCCGCAGGCAUGGACUUUGCCUACAGAUUAACCUUUUGGUUUUCCAUGACUGCCUGGGUGGGGGCAGCAGAUGCUGGGAACCCAGGGUUUGUGGUGAGACUCACACAGAAAGGACUGGACUAUGCCCUUCAAGAAGGUAUGAUUGUACUGCAGCAGCAACUAUCCCAGAUCCAACUGCCAGAUUUCUCAGCAUGGCUAUAAGCAGUGUCCAGUUGCCCAGUUUCCAAGUCAGUCCCGUUCCAGAUAUGGGUCUGAAGCUCUCUAUCUCUGGGGCUUUUAUUCAAGUUGAUGGAAGAUGGGAUGUUCGCUAUCAAUUUAUACAUGAAGACGGCAGUUUUAACGUCAAAGUUAUGGGGCUCAGCAUUUCUGUUGGACUCAAACUGGGCAAUGAUGAAUCUGGUAGACCAACAAUUGCCCCAACAGACUGCAGCUGCCAUAUUUCCAAUGUUGAGGUGCACAUGUCUGGAACUAUAGGUUGGUUGGUUGACCUUUUCCAUAACAACGUUGAAUCAGAAUUGAGACAAUCUAUGGAGGACCAGAUCUGCCCAGAGGUUACUCAGUCUAUUACUUCAAAACUGUUACCGCUUCUCCAGACUUUACCAGUGACUGCAAAAAUUGACCAGAUAUCUGCUAUUGAUUACUCUCUGACGGGACCUCCAUCUGUGAUGGCAAAUUGGGUUGAUGUGUCGUUAAAGGGGGAAUUCUUUGAUAUCUCACACCGUACUGCUCCGCCCUUCGCACCCCCGCUGCUGUCUUUGCCUCCAGAACAGGAUCUCAUGGUUUACUUUGCUGUCUCGGAAUACUUGUUCAACACGGCUGGUUUAGUUUAUCAGAGCGCUGGGGCUCUCGUCUUUAAUUUGACUGAUGAUAUGAUCCCUAAGGAAUCCAGCGUACACCUGAACACUUCUUCAUUUGGAUUACUAAUACCCUCGGUUUCCAAGAUGUACCCCAAUAUGCUCAUGAAGCUGGAGAUAUCAGCUGCCUCAGCACCGGCUCUGAAUAUUAACCCAGGGAACCUGACCCUUUCGCCUGUGGGAAACAUCCAGGCUUAUGCCAUUCUGCCCAACUCUUCCCUGGCUCCACUAUUUCUCCUUCAGAUGAAAAUGAAUGCCUUGGCAAAGGUGGCAGUGAAUUCUGGGAAAAUAGUAGGCUCUCUCGAGCUCGGCAAGGUGGAAAUAUCUCUUGUUCACUCUGAUGUCGGACUUUUUUCAGUUUCGGUAAUAAGUAUGGCCGUGAACUAUUAUGUCUCAGCAACCCUUCUUCCCCGUGUUAAUGAGAUCUUAAAGAACGGAUUCCCCCUGCCCUUGAUUGAUCAUAUACAGCUCACUGAUUUUGUGAUUGAAACAUAUGAGCACUACCUCCUGUUUGGGGCAAAUGCACAUUAUGAAUAGGAAAGAAGGACAGUCAAGUUGCUGAAUGGACAUGGGGAAAUGGAAAAUAAAAUAUGAUUUUCACGUACGUGGACUUAAUGACUCUCCUUAACUGGUUUAUGCAUCCUAUGUACUUUAUUAUUUGUGUUUGUUCACUUUGUAAAAAUUCUAGGGUUCUACUUUUAAUUAAUUUGUAGAUGAGGAUAUUGGUAAAUCAAGGUUGAAGCUAAAUGUAGCAUAUCCAUGGUACCCUGCCAUUCUGUACUAUGGCUGUGUGAGGGGGUAAUAUAUUUCCCCUAAUCAAGAAAAGUUAAAGUUCUGUCAUGUGACUGUGUAACAAAGCAGGGAGGUUGCAGCCUAUAAAGAAUAUUAAAGUUAGUAGGCCUGU